AUGUCAAGUACAAAACAAGCCAAGAAAACUCAAGAAGGAGUUAACUCAAAACUUGCCCUUGUCACUAAGAGUGGUAAAUAUGUCCUUGGAACCAAAGCUACUCUUAAGACCAUUCGUGAUGGAAAGAGUAAACUCGUUAUUAUUUCUUCUAACUGCCCACCAUUAGAAAGAGCUAAAAUUGAAUAUUAUGCUGUUCUUGGUAAAGUUCAAGUUGUCCAUUAUUCUGGAUCUAAUGUUGAUCUUGGAACAGCUUGUGGUAGAUAUUUCUCUGUCUCUGUUUUAUCUAUUAUUGAUGGAGGAGAUUCUGAUAUUCUUAAAGCUUCUGAAUAA